GUGAUGGGUUUCUGCAUAUGUCAGACACCCGGCUGACCAAAAAAAAGCAACAUGAUUUCUGAGGCAUACAGCAUUUGAUUUACAAAAAUGGAAUAUUCUGAAGCAGAUACUAAUCUUAAGGCGUUAAAUGAAUUGAAUACAGAUGACAGUGAAGACUCUUUAGAAAAAUUGGAUGAUGACCAAUUCAUUAGAUUUCUGGAGAAUAAUUGCAAAGGUUUGCAAAAGUCGCACGAAGAUCUCGAUAAUGAAUGGAGUCAACAAGGACAAGAGGACUCAUUACUGUGGGAGGAAUCCUUUGAACACAGUAUAUUGCUAGAGGUUGAUGAUGAUUUCAACUUAAAUUUUACUGAAGUUCACGAUUCCUAUACCAUUUGUGUCUCUCAGUCUUCAGCAGAAGAUCCUAAUAUUACUACAGAUGACAUCAGCAACAUUGAAAGUGAAUACAGUUUUGAUGAUGAGAAAGUUUCAAGCAUUGAUGAACAUCAGUUUAACUAUAGCCAACAUAUUCAGAGUCCUAGCAAUUUAGACAAAUAUUCUGAACCAAAAGGUAGCUUAAUGCAGAACUUGGAAAGUAAUUUUUCAGGGAAUAAAGUGCAGGAUGUACCUGAUAAUACCACUGAUGAAGAACAGGAAGAAUUGCCUUAUGAUGGUAACUUGCAAAUUACUAAAGAACAUCAAACAGAUACAAUAUAUGAUUUAGACAAUCCCAGGGUACCAUUAACUAUUCUUGUAAAGAGCAGGCAAAAUGAUGGGCCUGAUUGUGGGAUGGCUGGAAUCCUUGCAAAAAAAGAACAAUCAAAUGUGGAAACUGCAUUAUAUCAAAAAGAAAUGACUUGCACCAGAGUGAGUCCAGAGACUGAAGAUUCUGGUAAAUAUAAAAUUGAAGCGACAAACUUGACUUCAGAAGAUAAUGGGAAUACAAUGGUAUCAGAACAUGAAAUGAAAUUAGAACACAAUAAAAGAGAUGGUAGAAGAUCAAAUAUUGCAGAGUCACUCCUACGUCAUUUCUCUGAAGAAGACUUGGCACUUAGCUCAACUAAGUACAUUGACACUGAGACUUUACCAGAGACCUCUUUUACUGAAACUAUUGAAGAAACUGUAAUUAAAAAACAGACAUUAUCAGCAGCCAGUAAUAACUCACCCACAAGCAUUGAAAAAUGUACAGCAUUACAGGCAGCCUUUUCAAAGAAAGAGAAAGUUAAUGAAUUUGCAAAUGAAAAAAAAGUGUCAAGAGAUUAUUCGUAUUGUGAUCGAUCUGCUCAGAGUCAAGCGGCAAAUUUACUUCAAACCAGUAACAACAACUGUAGAGAAAAUCUACACCAUGAAAUGCAAGAAAAGAAUGAAAAUUUGCAAUUUAAUCCUAAAAUGGCUUCAGGAUUUUUUGAAAAUUUUAAAAUGGGAAAGAUAAUUUCUUACAAUGAGAUCAAAUAUGGUAAAGGGAAGCCGCAUUAUCCUUUACCUGACUUUUCGAAAGUUGCACCUAAAAUCAAAAUCCCUAAGAGGAACAGUUAUAACAAGUAUACUCCAUCAAGGAUAAAAAAAGCAAAAUCCUCACCUCAUUUGUCAUAUACCCUCACCAGUCAUACAUCAACCGUAGAUGUAGUACAAGAAGUUCUGGAUAGCAUACAACCUCCAGCAAUUUCAACAAGUACAACAUUUAACAAACAAGAAUUUGUGAAGGAUAAUCAUUCCCCUGAACUUUUCCAACAAUUACAGGAGGAAUUUGACAAGUUAUUAAUAAAGUAUGCAGAAGCUGAGAAUACCAUUGAUCAGUUGAGAUUUGGUGCAAAGGUGUCCAUAUUCACUGACUCCACCAAACCUAAUCAAAUCAUCCAGUCUGGAAUAUCGCCAUCACCUAGUCAAAUAACCACACUGGCAAAACAAGUAUGUAACAACAGUCCCACACCACUAUCCAUUAAUUAUGGUGUAACCACAUCAGCUUCUCGCUCUCCCAAUACUGAGAUGAAUGAGACAACAGAAGCAGAACAAAUGGCUCAGAAACUUAAUAAACAUGUUGAUUUUUUUAAGCAUCAGGUUAAAGAAUUUGAGGAAAAGCUUAACUCUAAUACAAUUUCUGUGGGAGAUCAACAGAAGGUAUUUAAGCAAAUGAGGGAUGAUCAGGACAAACUUGAAAGGAGGUAUAUAACCGCAAAAGAGGAGCAUCGCAGUCUAGAGCAACGCCACUACAUAGAGAAAAACACCGCUGUUGGGGAAUUUGAUCCUGAUAGAAAGAUUGAAGGAGAAAUUUUUAAAUUAGGAAUGCAUCUCGAAUGUAUCAAAGAGAAAAUUGAUGAUAACGUUUGCAAUCAACCAUCCCCACACAAUUCUUUCUUGACUUCAACUCCACUCCCGCCAACUGAGAUUUUGUCUGCCGGAUGUGCAAUUUAUUCUAAGAGUCCCAUGGCUGCAAUAAAUCAGGAGGGUGUGAUGCUGACUUUUGAGACCAGCUCAGUGAGUGCAGAAAUACCAGACAGUAUUGAGUUGAAGAUGAUCCCUGAGAUGGAUAGUCAACCAUCCUUGCUGGAAGACAGCUAUGAUCACAUUCCCCAGCAGGUGCCCCACAUAGAACAUUCCAAGACAGUAUCAACAUUGACUGAGGGUUAUUUUCAUUCAUCUGAGUUUUUUCCUGUUUUAUCUAUGAACCAAACGCUACCAUUACCUAGCACUUCAUCUCAGGCACAGGAUGUGUUGACUGAACGUAAGCAGCAGAUACUUUCACCAGACAGUGGCUUUGUUGGAUCAGAGAGCAGCAGACCCCCAACAUCUAAACAAAUACUAGAUUCUGAACAACCAGAAACAGAAAGAUCCCCAAGAGUUUGUGAAGGAACACCCUCCAUUGAAAGACAAAAGUCCUCAUCCUCCCACAGAAGUGAAACUAUGAUUGUAUUAGGUGAAGACAAAGCAAGCUGCUUACUCCAUCUAGCAAACGCAUCCAGCUGUAGUAUUCCAUUCAAUUGGAGUGAAAGUGUUAUUGGUAUAACUGACAUUCCUGCACAGCAAGGAAAUUCUGUACUGGAUGUGGACCUUCAUCAUGAGAGUUCAGAGGACCUCAUGCCACUUCCAACUCUUCAACAAUGCAUACCCAAAAUAUCUCUAUGGAAGAGUGCCAGUAGCACUGAAGAGAGCCAAGAUUUGUCUCAAAAAUGGGCUGUAGCAAAUGAUAAAAUCUUGAUAUUGCAAAAUGAAGUCUUAAAGCUCAAGCAAAAACUAGAAGAAAGUCUUUCAAAAUUGUCUAAGGAAUCUACGAGGAAAAAGUGUCCUAAGACUGCACUACAGGAACAAAGAUAUCAAAACAAACCUCAUCUCAAUAAUAAAUGUUCAUCUACAAGCAGGGAAGAUGAUAGAUUACCCAGCACUAAUUCAAAGGAUCACAGAAGGAGAUUUUGGCAAAGAACGGAUGAUGAUGUUUCUGAUUUUGAACUAAGCAAUGGCAAUGAGGAUUUUUCACAGAGAGAGACACAAAUACCCGUGCACACAAAACAUUGUUUAAAGGUUCCCAGAACAGCUCAUCACAGACGGAGUUAUUCUGAAAACCAUGACUCAAAUAAGACGUGGCUAAAAGACCUAUAUAAAGGUACAUGUCAUCACAAUGUGACUUUGAGCAAGGCUCAAUCACAGUUUGUGGGUCAUGAUGAAUAUAUUCGGCCUUGUAUUGAAAGAAAAAUCCAUUUACCAUCCUUCUCACCAAAUGGGCGCAAAUUAUUUAGGACAAGAAUUAAUCCUUCUCUGCCGUGCAAGAAGAAUGUACAUUGUAAACUUUCCUCUGAAAGAUCUUCACAACAUAGCAAAGACGGACUCUCUUCUAGUGUUAGAAUUUUAUCUCCAGGAGCAAACAAAUACACUGAACUGCCAGCAUACAUUUUACCGAUAAAGUAUGAUUCCACUAAGCGUCCACCAAACACAAGGGCUUCCAGGACGUAUAAUUCACCUUCAUGUAAGAUGGUCAAAAAACAAUCCGAACAAAUCGAUAGGACCAAAUCCUUGUUAAGUGACACUGAUAAAAACAUUGAAAAUUCACAGGUUUCAAAUCUAAACGAAACUUUGGACAAAGCAAUAGAGACAGCAAAAAGCAUGAAGAAGACCACCAAAAGGAUGGUUAAAGUUUUAUCUGCUGACCUGGCUACAGCUGAAUAUUACAAAUACUUGUAUGACUUCUAAUCAUAUUUCCUACUUUGCAGAGUCGACAGCAGUAUGGGGGAAACUUAAGCUUCUUAAAGGAGUUAAAAUUUCACUGGUCAGUUACCAACUUUUGUCAGUGCUGCCCUUGUAAUGACAUCUCAGUUAUAAAGUUAAGAUGUGUGAAUUCACCGAUCAGUGACAUCUCAUCACUUAGCAUUAACAAACCCUUGGUUUUUAAUUGAAGCACAAACUCUGAUUGUCAAUGUCUGGGCUAGAUUCUGAAAUAUGUUUUGCAAUAUGUUGUACAACUGCUUUCAUAAUUUAUUAUGAUGACAACCUUUCAGUGUUUGGACACAGAUAAUGAAUAGAUCCAUAUAAAGUCAAAAAUAGCAACAGCUAGUUUAAUAUAGUGAGAAGACAUUAUAAAAUAAUUAAAUACCACUGAUUAUUCCAGGGCACCUGUUCAGAUAUUUAGCCCGAUAUAUAAAGAAUAUACAUAAUAU